CACGACAUCCCAACAUGGCUUCUAACAGCAUCUGCAAUGGCUGCGUCCGCGCAUUGAGACAGACCCCUCCCCGACAGAUUACCGUAAGGCUGCCUCGGCCGCAUCAGAUCAGGCAGACUCUGACACACGCAUCGCAGGGUCGAAUCGUGCACAAUCGCCUCUCCACCCGGGGCCAAUUCUUGGGCCGUACUUUUGCGACGACUGUCAGUCGCUUCGAAGCAGGAAACAGCCAGGACGCCACGGACGCGUCGGCCAUGCAGAAACUCGCACAGCGCAUGCGAGCACAGAAGCAGAUGAAGGCGGCCACGGAACCCUACGUCGCCUACGGCGCAACCGAGGACCUGUUUCGUGCAUGUGCUCGCGCCGGAGAAUACAGUAUGCCCACGGUUGCCGAAGGCGAAGAGCCCUUGAGGUCCGCGAAGGGCGAGGACCUCGGUGUUGGCUCGGGCUGGUGGUAUGAAGAGCUCGGUCUGCCCCCGACAUUCAGCACCUGGGGUCAAAUUACCUUCCUGCACAUGUAUCUCGUUACUGUACGCUUGAGGAUGUUUCCUCAAGAACAUGCCCACCAUUGGCAUCAGAACUUGCUCGACCACUACUUCUAUGCCGCCGAGGACCGCAUGGCAGCCCUGCACAAUAUCUCCGCUCGUAGUACGCGCAAUAAGUACCUGAAAGAUCUCUUUGUGCAAUGGCGCGGCGUGCUUGCUGCUUACGACGAGGGCCUGGCCAAGGGAGACGCCGUCCUAGCUUCUGCUGUUUGGAGAAACGUCUUUGGUGGUGAUGAGAACGCCGAUGCUGCCGCUGUUGCGAGUGUCGUCAGCUACAUGAGGAAGAAUCUUCGAAAUCUCGACAUGAUUCAUGACUCUGAGGUUGCCAGUGGAGAAAUUACCUUCUCCGACCCUACCAAGGAGGCUUCCAUGGUGGAGCGCGAGUCUAAGGCCAUGAAGCAACCGGUUCCAGAGCCUGCACCGGUCGCUGUCCAAACCUGAGCGUCAUUGGGGAAUGUGUUUCUCCCAGGCAUCGACAAACUAUCAAUUUAUGUAUACCAAACUUGUACUUUUAUAUUCCAAUUCAAGCAUCAUCGAACACGGCUUAUUUCAGAUAUACUCUUGGACAAGAUCUUGGAUUUCUACGCCUGUUGCCAGAGUUGUCUUGAUUGUCUG